GGGCUCCGGCCAGAAGCUGCGCUGGGCCCGGUCUCGGCCGCGCCCAGGGGGAAACAGAGCUCCGUCACCGUCCCUGACGGUCACGCGAGGCGCGGACCAGGCGCCGCCCUUCCCGCCUGCCUCCCCCGCCUGGCGGGUGCCCGCCACCUCCUCCCGUUUUCUCACUGCAGCCUCGGCACCAGCCGGGGUCAGGAAGGGCCUGGGGCAGCGAGGGAACCGGGAGAGCCGCGAGGGCCACCCCCGGCCGGCCACGGCUGGCCCUCCGACGGCCACAAGGCACCUCGCCCUACUGCUCCUCUUCCUGUGUCCGGGGAAACGGCAUCAGCUCCCAUAGUAACGAGGACACCCGAGUGCAGGGACAGUCAUUUUGCUGUUCUUUUUAAUACAAAAGAGCAUUGAAAGCGGUCCCCAAGGACGGGCC